CUCGUAUUUGAGAUGGUGAUCUUCUGUUGAUUGUUUCAGCACGAUGCACCAGCGGCGCCAAAACCGUGUGGGAUGACGCGACGCAACAUCCCUGUCAAUCGGGAUGCGGGGCAGCUCUGGCAAGUGCGUUCCUGCAUUCCAAGUGUCCAAGCAACGGCACAACACCCCACACACAAACCGUCAUCGUAUUCCGUAUUCUCGCACAGCUUCUAGAGAUUCUAUAUCAGCAUCAAGAACAACAUGGCUAUCCUCAAAGGACCCGGCGAGCCCAAGAGCUACGACGGCUCUGGCCUUCGCAUCGGCAUCAUCCACGCCCGCUGGAACACAACCAUCAUCUCCGCGCUGCUCGACGGCACAAAAAAAGCCCUCGCCGACGCCGGCGUGCGCUCGGACAACAUCGUCAUCCAGAGCGUGCCGGGCUCCUACGAGCUGCCGUACGCGGUGAAGCAGCUCUACUCGGCGUCGCAAGUGCAGUCGAGCUCGUCGGGCGUCGUGGGCGCGGCCGCCGACCUGCUCGGCUCGACCUCGGACCUGACGAAGCUGAGCGUCGAUGCGAACGCGCAGUCGACGGCGCCGUUUGACGCCAUCAUCGCGAUUGGCGUGCUGAUCAAGGGCGAGACGAUGCAUUUCGAGUACAUUGCCGACGCGGUCAGUCAUGGGCUGAUGCGGCUGCAGCUGGAUGGCAAUGUGCCGGUGAUUUUUGGGCUGUUGACGCUGUUGAGCGAGGAGCAGGGGCUGUAUCGGGCGGGGAUUGCGGGUAAGGAGGGGAAUGAGGGGCAUAAUCAUGGGAGUGAUUGGGGUAGUGCGGCGGUGGAGUUGGGGAUCAAGAGGAAGGGGUGGGUCGAGGGCAAGUAUGUUGAUUAGAUGUGGUGCUGUGGAGAGUCUUGAAAAGAGGACGAGAACGAUAUGCAUAAGAGCAAAUGAAUGAUGAAUAAAAGCAGAUGAACGAUGAA